GUGGAUGUGACAGCCAUGGCACGGCUCUUCGGCUACGUAGACGUGACCAGCUCUGGCUUCAUUGCGGCCGUCCUCUCCAUCGCCUUCAACCCGCUCUUCUGGAAUGUGGUAGCCAGAUGGGAGCAUAAAACGCGAGCGCUCAGCCGAGUCUUCGGCUCUCCACGUGCUGCCUGCUACUGCCUGGGUGCUGUUAUCCUGAUGCUGAACUGCGUGCGGAGCCAUUGCUUCACCGAAGCCAUGAAGAGCCAGCCGAAGCUGGAGGGCUUAGACUGCCACUGGGCCUAUUAUUUGGGCUUGGCCAUCUUGGCUGUGGGGACCUUAUUUGUCGUCUCCAGCUUCUUAGCACUGGGAUUCACCGGGACAUUCCUAGGUGAUUAUUUUGGCAUCCUGAUGGAGGCAAAAGUGACCAGCUUCCCCUUCAGCGUCCUGGAUAAUCCCAUGUACUGGGGCAGCACAGCCGUCUACCUGGGCUGGUCCCUCAUGCAUGCGAGCCCAGCUGGCCUUUUGCUGACAGCUGUAGUGGCGAUUUCCUACACAAUCGCGGUGCUGUAUGAGGGGCCUUUCACAGAGAAAAUAUAUCGGCAGAAACAGAAGGGAGCAAAGAACAAGUAGCGACAGAGCAGCGUCUUGGACACCUCGGCGCAGCGUGCCUCUGCCGUCCCCACGCUGUCCCGAUUCGCCUGUUUUCCUACUGAGAUGUAUCCUACUAAUUAGCCCAGCAACCCUUAAUGAGCCAACUGAGCGCCCUGCAGUAUUGGAAGCGAUCGGAGGAACAGCCCGAGCGUGGCG